CGCAUGGAGCCUCCAUCACCGCCGCCACUAUCUUUUACGCACCGAGUCCGGUAACGCGCGCAGGUAUACCGAGCAACCUGGUGGACUAGUAUGAGCAACGCGCACGCGUAGAGAGGCGUGAUACGGCUAAGAGCGGAAGAACAAUUCCCGUGGAUCAGUCUCGCUUUUUUUUUUUUCUCCCCCCGACAGCGCGCGUCAAGCAUGGACGUCCUGGCGAACCACAGUAUCUUCCAGGAACUUCAGCUCGUACACGACACCGGCUAUUUCUCCGCCAUGCCUUCGCUGGAAGAGAACUGGCAGCAGACCUGCUUAGAACUGGAGCGUUAUUUGCAGACCGAGCCCAAGCGUCUGUCAGAGCUCUUUGACCAGGACUUGGACGGCCUCCUGACCCCGGCCUACCUGAAGGAGGACGGCGAGGAAGAGCUCGCCGACGUCCUCCCGGGGCCCCCGAGCCCGCCGACGGUGAUGCUCUGCCCCGUGCGGAAAAACUUCACGUCCGCCACCGCGUCGAUAAAACGAGAACCAAAGGGCCCGGAGGCCACGGAGGAGAUGGAAGGCGUUCACCAAGCCCAGCUCAGCGCCGUCACUUCCCUGACGCCGCCCUCGUCGCCGGAGCUGGGCCGGCACCUGGUGAAGCCCAGCCCGUCGCUGACGUCCGCCGCCGACGGGACGCUCACCCUCAAGCUGGUGGCCAGGAAGGUGGGACUCAGCGCCGCCCGGCUGGUGGCGGCGCACUCGCUCCCCGUGCGGGUGAAGGAGGAGGACGAGGGAGUAGCGUGCGUCGUCGGCGAGCUGCCGGAGAACAAGAAGAGGAUCCACCGCUGUCAGUUCAACGGCUGCAGGAAGGUUUACACCAAGAGCUCCCACCUGAAGGCCCAUCAGAGGACGCACACAGGUGAGAAGCCCUACAAGUGCUCAUGGGAAGGCUGCGAGUGGCGAUUCGCCCGGAGCGACGAGCUGACGAGGCACUACCGCAAACACACCGGUGCCAAACCUUUCAAGUGUAACCACUGCGACAGGUGUUUCUCACGAUCGGAUCAUCUGGCGCUGCACAUGAAGAGGCACAUUUGAGGCACGACGGAGACGGAGGCAGAGAUGAGGAGAGAGAGGGGAGCAUCACUUGCAGACAAAAAGUACCACCAUGGAUCUCAGACGGAUAGAUCUCUGAUUUCCGCCACGGGCUCGAACACGGACAGGCAAACAAACGGGGGGGGGGGUCACACAUUGACUCAAUUAACCGUCGUCUGCGUCCCCAAAUGGAUGACCUUUUUAGUUGCUUUCAACUUUUUUGCCCCCCCCUUGCAGUCCAAAAUGUCAGCCACUUUGUAUAUUUUGGUCCUCUUUGAGCUAUCCUCACUUGCCGUUCAAAGGUUAUAUAAUCACAUAUGAGUUUUCCAUUUGACCCGUUACACCUUCCGACUGGAUCCGUUUAGAAAAAUCCUUCUGGUUGGAUGGCAUGGGAUUUAGAGACCGGACGAGAGGAGCAUGUUUCAGCCGGCGGAGGUUGAUUGAGGCCAUGCUGCGCAGGUGUAUGAACAUCAUCCAGAGGGAGUUCCCUCUAAAUGGGGGUGGGUAGGGGGGUCAACUAAUCUACUCCUGGGAAAGAAAGGCCAUCUCUUGUCGAAACCGAAGCAUCGGUGUUGCACAAUUGACUUUUACAAACAUUUUGUUAAAAAGAAAGGCCCCAGCGAGUCCGGCUGGGAGUCGAUUCGGCCCCCCAUGCACAAGUCCGAAGCAUCUUGCCGACUGUAAUAGCACAUCAGACAAGAUCACUAUGUACGCAAAGGCUCUGUGUUUCUAAGCAAAGAUCUCCUAUUUGUUCAGAAUAGACCCAUUCUGAGGAACUCUUCGGGAACUCUUCGGGAACGGACGCCGCCAAAUAGAAACUGUCGAUGCCCUGAAAUGAUCUCUCGGGCCUUUUGAGAGUGAUUGGCGUCCGACCAGCCAACAGAGCGCCCUCCAUGCAGAACUCUUCCAACUUAGCAGGCUUCCAUUCAGCCGUUUCAAGUCAAUCAGGCCCUAUGCAUCCUCCUGGUGACUUCUUGUGAGAUUUAUCCCCUACCCCCCACUGUUGGACGUAGGCUGGACUUGUUGGAGGACGAAUCAAUCAAUGUGAAUGUAUCUGUGUAUGUGUCCGUGCACUUGCAUCUGGGAAAAAAAAAAAAAAAAAAAAAAAAAAAAUGACGAGAAUGCCGUCGCGGUCGCUUCCGGUUAGAACCAUUCUAUGGCGUCACAUUAGUGCCAAAAAUCCGAGCGCAUAAAAACUGUUAUCGGGCGCGGAUUCUCCACUUCGUGCGGUCUGUGCGCUCUCUGUGUACUCCUGGCAUCUCUCCUCGCGCUGUCAUGUUUCUUUUUGGCACUUUGGGGGCGGGUAUGCUUAGACGGCCCCUCCUUUCUGAUUGGCUCUGAGCAUUUUUCAAACGUUGUAGCCAUCUUACCUCGGACAGCGAGCCUCAAUCACUACAUUGAUGUCAAUGGUACAUGUACUAAUUAAAUUACCAUAACUCAUACUUGCCAACCCUCCCGAAUUUUCCGGGAGACUCCCGAAAUUCAGCGCCUCUCCCGAAAAUCUCCCGGGACAAAUAUUCUGCCGAAAAAUCUCCCGAUUUUCAGCCGGAGCUGGAAGCCACGCCCCCUCCAGCUCCAUGCGGACCUGAGUGAGGACAGCCUUUUUUUCAUGACGGGAGGACAACAGGGUGACAAGAACU